GUGAAUAUAUUUUUUGUAAGUUAAGUUUUGAAACCUGCUCUGAUCCUGGUGAGUAGUAAAAAAACAUAGGGUGCGUGUGUGUGUAUAUAAAAGGAAAUAAAACGUUUUGUCUUGUCUAGUAAGUAAUAAAUUUUUACUAUAUUAAGGUUGAUUGAAGAUAAUAGGACAUACACUGUACACAUGCACAGUGAGUUGUUGUAUUUAUUAUGUGAUUCAUGAACGUUAUCCUUUCUGUCUAAACUCUGUGCACUGAAAUCAAAUCUAAAAGACAUAAUCAUAACACAAUCCUAUCCAACUAAACAGACACAGUACUCUUUCAUUUUCACCCUUUCCUACAUUCCUUAUGUGGCUAGCUCACUUUUCAUCUUCAACCAAUUUUGGGCAUAGUUGAUAGUUAUUCAACAUGGAGAAAAAUGGAAAUUCCUCUGGUAACACUGUGAAUAAAUGGAUGGCAUUUGCUAACAAAAAUGAUGAAAACUCAGCAGCAACGAAGGCUCCUUCUGGUGAUGAUGAUGAUGAUCAAAUUCUAACCGAAGCGGCCAUAGCCGAGAGGACUGCGGAAUGGGGACUUGUCGUGAACACAAGCAAUUUCAAAGCAGGAAUUGAGACAUCAAGUUCUUCAAUUGAUGGCAGAAGCAUGUCGGAUAGGUUUGUUGAGUCGACGAGGACUUCGGGCGAUUCGAAUUAUGCGUCGGAGGCUAGGUUGUCAGGGAUGAUUCCAAGAGUUUCACAAGACUUGAAAGAAGCAUUGGCUACACUUCAGCAAACGUUUGUUGUGUCAGAUGCAACUAAACCUGAUUGUCCUAUUUUGUAUGCAAGCAGUGGUUUUUUUACUAUGACUGGUUACUCUUCAAAAGAGGUUAUUGGAAGGAAUUGCCGAUUUCUUCAAGGACCUGAAACUGACAUGAAUGAAGUAGCAAAAAUUCGGGAUGCAACUAAGAAUGGGAGAAGUUAUUGCGGCAGACUUUUAAACUACAAGAAAAAUGGGACACCAUUUUGGAAUCUUCUAACUGUCACCCCAAUCAAAGAUGAUCAUGGCAAUACUAUCAAAUUCAUAGGAAUGCAGGUUGAGGUGAGCAAGUACACGGAAGGUGUGAAUGAGAAGGAACUAAGACCAAAUGGAUUACCAAAAUCAUUAAUUCGCUACGACGCUCGUCAAAAGGAGAAAGCUAUGGGCUCAAUCACUGAGGUUAUUCAAACCGUUAAGGAUCCUAAAUCAACUAUUCGCGGUAAGAAUGAUGAAACUUCCACCACAUUGCAUGAAGAGCAAGAGAAUCUCAAUCAUGAAUUUGCUUUGCCAAAGUCUGUUGAAUCUGUGAAUGCUGGUACACCACUUGGUAGACACACUCCAUUCAACUUCCAUGGUGAUAGUAAUAACAUUUCUCGCUUUAGUUCUUACGAAGAAAGAAACAAGUCGUCAAGAAAAUCAGGAGUUUCUUUAAAAGGUAAUAAAGGGAAAUCAAUGAGUUCUCUUGGGAGAGAUAAGGAGAAGGCUAUUAUUGAACCUGAAGUUCUGAUGACAAAGGAAGUAGAAUGGUCCAAUUGGGAACUAGGAGAAAGGGAUAUAAGGCAAGGAAUUGAUUUAGCAACCACAUUGGAAAGGAUAGAAAAGAAUUUUGUGAUUUCUGAUCCUAGACUUCCAGAUUGUCCUAUAAUAUUUGCAUCAGAUAGCUUUCUUGAGCUUACAGAAUACACGCGAGAAGAAAUUUUGGGUCGAAACUGUCGGUUUCUUCAAGGACCAGAAACAGACCAGGCAACUGUCUCUAGGAUUAGAGACGCUAUCAGAGAUCAGAGGGAAAUCACAGUUCAGUUGAUCAAUUAUACCAAGAGCGGAAAGAAAUUCUGGAAUUUGUUUCACUUGCAGCCUAUGCGUGACCAAAAGGGUGAACUUCAAUACUUCAUUGGUGUUCAACUAGAUGGAAGUGAUCAUUUAGAACCUUUAAGGAACCGUCUCUCUGAGGGUUCUGAGCUACAAAGUGCUAAAUUGGUGAAAGCCACUGCAGAAAAUGUUGAUGAAGCUGUUAGAGAACUUCCUGAUGCCAAUUUGAGACCAGAAGAUUUGUGGGCAAUUCAUUCUCAGACAGUUUUUCCAAGACCACACAAAAGGGACAAUCCUUCUUGGGUAGCUAUUCAAAAGAUAACCGCAAGAGGCGAGAAAAUUGGCCUUCAUCAUUUUUCUCCCAUAAGGCCUUUGGGUUGUGGAGAUACUGGCAGUGUUCAUUUAGUGGAACUUCGAGGUACCAACGAACUGUAUGCAAUGAAGGCAAUGGAAAAGUCUGUAAUGCUGAAUCGUAAUAAGGUUCAUCGAGCGUGCAUUGAAAGAGAGAUCAUAUCAUUACUAGAUCAUCCUUUUCUUCCAACACUAUACACCUCAUUUCAGACAGAAACACAUGUAUGUUUGAUUACUGACUUCUGCCCUGGGGGUGAGUUGUUUGCGUUACUCGACAGGCAACCCAUGAAGAUUUUAAAAGAAGAUUCCGCAAGAUUCUAUGCAGCAGAGGUUGUUAUCGGUUUGGAAUAUCUCCAUUGUUUGGGUAUAAUUUAUCGUGACUUAAAGCCCGAAAAUCUCUUGCUCCAGAAGGAUGGCCAUAUUGUAUUAACUGAUUUUGAUCUAUCAUUUAUUACAUCUUGUAAACCCCAGGUUAUGAAGCAGUCAAUACCUGGUAAUAGAAGCAGUAGAAGAUCUCGAAGUCAGCCACCACCGAUAUUUUUUGCAGAGCCAGUUACACAAUCGAACUCCUUUGUUGGAACUGAAGAAUAUAUUUCCCCGGAAAUCAUAACCGGAGCGAGGCAUACAAGUGCUAUAGACUGGUGGACCCUAGGUAUCUUGUUGUACGAGAUGCUAUACGGACGUACACCAUUUAGAGGAAAGAACAGACAGAAGACAUUUUCCAACAUCUUACACAAGGAUCUUACCUUUCCAAGCAGCAUCCCGGCCAGUCUUGCAGCCAGGCAGAUUAUUAAUGCACUAUUGCAAAGAGACCCGGGCAGUCGUCUAGGUUCAACUGCAGGAGCUAAUGAAAUCAAACAACAUCCUUUUUUCCGUGGAAUCAAUUGGCCUUUAAUCCGCAACACGAGUCCACCACCUUUAGAUGUUCCUCCUCAAUUGAUAGGAAAAGAUCCAGCCGUAAAGGACAAGAAAUGGGAAGAUGAUGGUGUGCUAAUUAGUUCCAUUGAUAUGGAUAUCUUUUGAAGCUCAACACAAAUUCCUCACAAAGGGAUGUUUUGUUAGCAUCAUGCCUCACUCAUCAUGCUUCAAAGCAUCACUAUGACUGAAACAUUCAAGUUCAAGAGCUUUGUCUAUCGAUUCGGUUAUAGUCCAUUGUCACAUUCUGAACCGGAAAUCGACAACUUGGAAACCAAAUAUAUUGCAUAGGGUCAGCAUAGAAGUAUCAUUAUCAUGUACAUUGAAUAAAACCAGAGAUGUUUUACUGUUUGAGAUAUUCUUCGUAGUUUAUGGUCAUGAACGAUACAUUGAUAGUGUAUUUUUGUAAAUGGCUUAAAAUCGCAAUUGACCAUGGCGCGGAGAGAACUAUAUAUAGCAUGUAAAGCAUAUGUUGUAUUAUUAUCAAAGGUAUGUUGAGCAUCUGUCAACCUACACCGAUGCAUAUGGAAGAAACUCAGUCAUUGAUUCAA